AUGGAAACUUAUGAUGCAGUUGACGAACCUGUGAUGUUAUCACCAACAGGAAAACGUAAACGACGUCGGCCACGAAGUUCGGCCCGUUCUAUAGCCAAAACAGCUCGCUACAGUGGUAAAGGUUUGAUUCCUCGUUUGACAUGCACACAUAAAAAUGCUUUGUGUACUGCCGGAACUCUGAAUGAAAAUGACUUAGCAUACAUUAAAGGGCAGCUCUAUGUGACUAAAGAUAAAGUUGAGCAAGAUGCAAUCCUUGUGUCUCACAUGGAUAUCGGGCAGGUCAAGCGCCGGAGGCAAAGAGAUCCCCGUGACAAAGAUGAAGGAAGGCAAAAGAACAGACGUGUAUUGAUCAAGUACAGCCUUUUGAAGGAAGAUAAAACGAAGAUUUCAGUAUGUCAGGCUUCAUUUCUUAGCAUUUUCUGCGUCAAGGAGUUUCGGGUCCAGAGUGCUGCGAGGUACUGGCUUGAGCAUGGACGAUCUCGUCCUGAAAAUCGUGGCGGUUACAGGAGAGCUGCAGAAUAUGAAGGAAAAAAGGAGAGGAUUCGAAAUCAUAUAAAGUCCUUCACUUGCAGAGCUAGCCACUAUGCUCGUCGAGGGGCACCUAGGAGGAAGUACCUUCCAAGUGAUUUAAGUGUUGCAAAGAUGCACAAAAUGUUCCAGAAACAGAAUCAUGAUCAGGUAACAUACUCACUGUAUUGGAGUAUUUUUGUGUACGACUUCAAUCUUGCUUUCGGUCACCCUGCCACGGAUGUAUGUUCCACAUGUUUGAAAUUCCGCAUUGCAAUCAGGGAUACAGAGCAAACUCCAGAUGAAAAGCAAGAAAAGAUUCUGCUGUAUACGUUGCAUCGUCGCCGUGCCCGUCAAUUUUACAAUAAGAUGAAUGAAGUGGGAGAUAGUUUUAUCGUCUGUUUUGACGUCAUGGAAAAUCUUGUCCUUCCGAAGUCCCCAGUAGGGCAAGCUUACUAUUCUCGCCAGUUGUACUUGUACGUGUUUGGUAUAGUUCAUCAUCGUGGCAGAGGGGAAUCUCAGAGGAAGGAAGACAUUCAUCUAUAUACAUGGCUUGAACAUCAGAAUGCCAAAGACAGCAAUACGAUUGCUUCUGCAUUACAUAAUUACUUAGGUUCAGUGGUUAUCUCGGAUAUCAGACAAAUUGAACUCCUCCGUUUGUUCUCAGAUUCUUGCUACGGCCAAAAAAAAAAUAUUAACGUUCUAUGCAUGUUGUUUGCAUUGUGCAAUAACAAGUACCCAAAUCUUACUAUUGAUUACCAUUUUCCAAUAAAGGGGCACAGCUUUCUUCCUGCAGACCGAGUGUUUGGAAGGAUCGAGCAAGAAAUCAGAAAGAAGGAUACAAUAUUAAUGCCAGAGGAAUACCAUGAGAUUAUCAGCAAACAUGGUACUGUUCAUGUAUAUGGAAAGGAUUGGAAGUGCUAUGAUUACAAAGCAGUCAACCAGUUUCACAAAAAGUCAGAGAUCUUUCAAAAUCAGUGAGGCAAGAAUGCUACAAGUUUCUAAGAAUAAGUUUGGGUUCAAAACUGUGUAUGCUGGAGAAUUUUGCCAACACUCCUUUCUAAAAAAGGGGAAAAAGUGGGCACAGUUCAAUCCUCCACUACUGCCUGACAUUAACUGUGUUAAAGAGGCUAAGAAACAGGAUGUUAUGAAGCUGUUGGAGGAGAUGGGUGUAAAUGAAGAGAUGUGUGUUUAAAUUGGGGGAGGGGGCGGGAUGACCGACUAAACUUUCGUGUAAUCUUUUGAUGACUUCCAAUGGGGGAUGGAUUAUGUUGUGACCCAACUGGCAUUAUUUUCCAGUCAUCUUUCCAUAAUUAUAAUUCUACAGUGAGUAUCUUACUGUCAUUAUUAUUACAAUGAGAUGGCAUAAUUGUUUUAAAUAAGUGUCAGUUUUAAUGCUUUGUGAAGGCUUGGAACAAUAGGCCAGCAACUGCCAAACUUUUGUAUACCCAUGGACAAGUAAAGUUCUUCUUUUGUAAAUGUUUAAUUCAACUUUCACUUUUAAGAUGUUUCUAAUUGUCUGUUCCUAGAUUCUGCAACAUUUCCUUAAGACUAGUUUCCAGAAAUGGACUUAUUGACUUUUGCAAACAAACUGAAGUUUACUUGGUUUUGCAGAAAAAUCAAUAACAUUUUGGUAAUUACCGAGUUUUUAAAUAAA